AUGAAGGGAUUCGGACUGCUAACAGCUGUCCGAGUUGUCUCGCCGACAGCUGUGGUGGCAGUGAAAGGGGAUCGCUUCUUGCCAUGCCUGGUGCACGCAGCUCGAAUGAUUCGUGGCAUUUCAGAAACUCCUUGUCUAAGCUAUGUCUGCCGCCCUGCUUCCUCCAGAGGUGGAGCGUGCGUUUCGGCAGAAGCCUGGGCUACGAGAAUCUUUGGACGAGGGAUGGUUCCAGUGUGCUUUGCGCAUGGCGCCCACGGCGCGCUUGCGCGGCUUGUUUUGUCCGUAUUGUUGACACUGGCAAGUGCGGGCGAUGGCAUACCCAUCAAAGAGAACUGGCAGGAUGUGUGGCGAACCGAUGUCACCAAGUGUACAAAGGACAACCUGGCCAUGUUCACCGAUGCCAAGGGAAAGCAGAGAACCAGGAGGUUGGAGGAGAUGACGAAGAUCAUUGCCGACCGAAUCGUAGCCAAGACAGCGCGAGAGGAGGCAGAGAAGAGGGCAAAAGAGAGCAAGGCGAAGGCGGGCCAAGCUUCUGGUCGAAAGCUCUCAAAGAAAGAGAGGAUGAAGCAGGAACUGAGUGGACACCUGGGCCAGAUGUUCGGUGAGUUAAAGGACAGCUCGGCCGCUGACGCCAAGAAGGAUGAGGAGAUGUACCAGGCAGUCUUCCAGCAAGGAGAGCAGAUGAUCCACCGCAUAGCGCAGCAGGCCAAGCUGCCGAUGAACACCGAGGUGACGCUGCGCGAGUGGUGCGACAUGGCUUGGCGUGCUGGCCGGUUUUCUCCACUGGAUCCGGACAAGCCCAAAAAGGAGGAGGACUUCCCGGACGAGGAUGCAGAGGCAUCAGGGACGAAGUCAGGUGGCCGGGACCCUCCUGGUAGCCUGCAAGUUCUACCUGCAGCAGUCGACUUCGAUGCCUACAUUACGCUGCUGCAAGAGUGUCCCGAGAUUUGUGGAAGCUUUGCGCCGGAGAAAGAUCGGAAAAUGGAAAUCUCCAGGGUGAUCGAUGAGCUUGCCUCGAAGUCGGAUGUUCGGAACCCAUCGGCAUUUGUGUCGUCAACGAUCGCGAAGUACCCUAUGCUGCGCCCAAAUCUACGGCAGCACAAUGCCAACUUGAUCUCUGGUGCAGCUCCACCCAGGAGUAUCUACGAGGUGCUUCAAAGACACCCUGGUUUGGAAAAGGCACUGGAUGCAAUCGCCUUGCGGCGCUUGGAGGAGGUGGACAUCGAUCGUGCGGCGGACCUCCUCGACGACCUAGCACAGCGGCGGGGCGUCCGAAAUCCGUCAGCGUUCAUCGUGCACGUGCUCGGAAGGUCCACUCCGGCUUAUGAUGAGCAAGAAGGGGAGGUAGACCGAAUCCUUCAGUCAUAUCCUCACAUCCGUGAGCGCUUGGACAGCCAGGCUCUCAUGAAGCUGUCCGAUGCCGACCCGGGGCGGGUGGAAGAGAUUCUGCAGGAUAUGGACAGCAAAGGUGAUGUGCGCAACCCCUCUGCAUUCAUUGUGAAGGCGUUGUCCUCCUUCCCUGCACCGCGCCACGAUGCCAAUCUCCCACAUCGGCAGUUGCCGGAACCGGAGAUGCAGAAUGUGGGCGGUUCACAGAUGACAAUCUACGACGUGCUCGACAGACACCCCGGUUUACAACAGGCACUCGACGCAUCCGCCUUGCAACGUCUUGAAGAGGCAGAUUUCGCUCGAGCAGCCGAUGUUAUCGAAGAGCUGGCACUGCGACCGGAUGUGCGAAACUGCUCGGCCUUUGUCGUGCAAGCACUGAGGCAUGCCGUCGCUCCGACGUACGAUGAUCACGACGGGGAGGUAGACCGGAUUCUCUUGAGAUAUCCAGCCAUUCGUGGGCGCUUGGAUAGCCAGGCGCUAAUGAAGCUGGCUGAUUCUGACCCAGCGCGGGUUGAAGAGAUUCUGCAGGAUAUGGACAGCAAAGGUGAUGUGCGCAACCCCUCUGCAUUCAUAGUGAAGGCGUUGUCCUCCUUCCCUGCGCCGCGCCACGAUGCCACUAUCCCCAAUCAGCAGCCUCCGGAACCGGAGAUGCAGAAGAUGGGCAACUCGUGGAUGUGGCAGGACGAGAGUCCGCUCCAUCAGCUGUUGAGCUCAGAUCCCGGACUCCGGGAAGCACUUGACGACGGAGCGAUGCGCGCCUUGGAGGCAUGCGAUCCAGAGCGAGCUUUGGAAGUGGUUGAGGACAUCAUCAAAAAGGGCGAUGCCAAAGCCCCAUAUCAAUGGAAUUUCUUGGCCCCGUGGCACACGCUCAGAGGAACUCUGGACGAGGCCAGCGCAGCCACCACCACCCGUGGCCAUCCCUCGCCCCUCGGUGAGAUCGCCGCCUUGGGCCAAGUGGCGUUGGUGGGAGUUCAUCUGGCUCUGUGCUACUUGGCGGCGGCGCAUGGCUCAGCCGAAGGGAACAUUCGUGGCACUUCCCAUGCCAGAUUCCUCGACGUUCAGUACUUCAACCGGACAGAUGUGGACAGCCUCUUGGCACGGCAGAUGACUCAUGACCUGAAGAACACCCCGCGACUUCGGCAUCUUCGUGUGGACUUGGAGCCGAUUUUCCGGACCCUCGCCAAAACGCCGAAUGGUGGCCUCAGCCACCAAGCAGCCAAGUAUGCACUCUUCCGAUUCUUCCUCCACGAGCGCAGCUGGCUGGUCAAGGGCAUUUGGCAGACACAGCCGGAGCGGCUCCGCAAAGUUUGGGAGAGUUGGGUUCCGUCGUACCUGCAGCAGCGCUUCGAAGAGGCCAAGCAGAGCGAAGGUGCAUCCUUGGACGACUUGGUUGAAAUGAUCGCGGUCAUUGAAGAUCUUGUGCAACAGGAGUCCCGGAAACAGAUGGCAAAGGUCUUUGAGUCGCUGGACCUUCCCUUGAAUGGUCCGCUAAGUCGGGCAGAUGCCGAUAUGGCAGUCGACAUGUACCUUCUAGUGGUUUUGACUGCGCAGAACCUCACGCUCGCAGAGCCGGCCAAGAACCGCAAGCGCGUGGGCAGACUGCAUCGCACAGUGGAGCACGGCGAGGCCCUGAGGUGGCUACGGCAUUUGGAAGACAGGAUUCUCGUGGAGCAGGGCAAUGUCUAUGACUUCGCGUCAAUCAGCAAAGUUGCAGAGGCUUUUGGGCUGGAGUUCCCGAGCUUCAACGACAAGGAAUGCUCGGAUCUCAAGGCACGGCUCGUGUCCAUGGAGGGUGGAAGCCGCAAACCUGGCCGAAUACCCUUGACAGACUUCUAUGGAAGCAUCGCAUACCGGCACUGGAACUUCUCGGAGAGCCCAGACUACCUGCGAGACCUGGGCGUGCUGGACGAAUCCGAUCCCCAUCGGCCACAUGUCAUCUUGGCAAACUACAUCACAAGCUACAACAACUGCAUGCGAACGGAUGGUUUGUACGCGAUUUGCUGCCGCAGCGUUUGCGGAGACAUGAUGAGUGCCAUCGAGGAGCAGGCACACUCUGGCUCUGCUUGUGCAUACGGCCUAGCUUGUCACAUCGUGCGGUGCCUCUACAGCCAAACUAAAGCACAAGUAGUUCCCGUGCAUCCUAGAGGCUUUGCAUGUUGCGAAGCCCUGCAGCACUCAACGCAAUCUCCUGCAAGCCUGGCGCAAUCGCUACAACUAGCUCACCAUACGUCGUCUGCACAGUCUGGCGAUGAAGCCGUAUGCUUCGCAAAUACCCGCGAGUCGAAACUGUUGUACUUCGUAGCCAUUCUGGCUGAAGAAAUUCUGGCUCUCAGAAGCUCCCUGUAG